GCCAAGUCUGUAUCUGUGAUGUCACGAGUCAGUAACUGGUGAAAUCCAACACCACCAGCUGUAGGAGUUGUGUUGGGGUGAAUACGGAUCCCCUUGCAUCAGUGCAAGUCAAGGCACAUAGCAGAAACCACCGCCUGGAGGUAAAGACGUGCAGAGCUGGAUCUUGUCGUGUUGGAGACCACUCUCAGCUUUGGUUCUGUAUCCCACAGCACACUCAGUGCUGCAGACCAAGAAGCCGGCCGCUGUCCAAGCCAAUAUUUUUUCGAUGCAACUGUUGCGCGUCUCCACUUUGGAUAGAAAUAACCUUAUCACUGUGCGCCUCAGAGCGCAAAGGAUCUCAGACGCACAGAUUUGAGACAGUGGGAGAGAACUCUCCUCUGGACCACAAUACGAUGAGGAAAUUCUGACUUGGCAGUACUCCCACGUCUACUUUACGCGUCCUUUGGCUUUUACCAAAGGGUUAUCCCAUGCACAGGUAUCCCCAUAAGUGUGAUUCUGUUUUCACCCAGAUCUCUGCUGCCUGGACAAAUGCAUACAAAUGCAUUUAGGAGCUCAACGGACAAGGAGUGGACACGUUUCCGCGGCAGCAACGUGGAACUUUCUCCUGCUCCUGUCAGUAUGCUCAGCAGUACUCCCUGGAGAAGAAGACUACCUAGAACAAGGAGUGGAUAUUCUCUAUCGUCUUGGGCUUACAGCCCAGAGCAGCACAGAUUAUCCUUACGACAGGACCAGCUCAUCUCUGCCGACUCACACCACUCUUCCUUCAGCUGCAAGUCUCCCUGUGUCUGGAUAUGGGGUAUUACUCGACUCAAACUCUCUCUAUGAAGCUCCAGCAGGCAGCCUGUUUCCGCCAGAGAUUGGUGUGGAGUUCUCUGUUGUUGUUAGCCUAAGCUCCUGGAGAGCAAACAAUGCUUUUCUUUUUAGUGUCAGAGAUGACAGAGACAGACUGCGUUUUGGCAUUCAACUACUGCCACGCAGAGUGGUGGUAUACACUGCUGAGAAGGCCUCCAUUUACUUCAGCUACAACUGGCAGGAUGGACACCAACACGCCUUUGCAGUUGGUGUCCGUGCACACUCUGUGUCCUUUUAUGCAGACUGCGGGACAGUGCAGCAGCGGGAGCAGACCUUGGGCAGGUCUCAGACAUUGGGGGAUUCUGGGGGUCUCUUCACUUUGGGUAGAAUGAACUCCAAAGCGGCACCAUUUAAUGGUCGUGUCUGCCAAUUAGAUAUCUAUCCAUCGGCCCAAGCUGCAGCGCACUACUGCACCUACCUUAAGAAACAGUGCCGGCUGGCCGACACUUACCGAUUGCAUUCGCCACAUUUAGGCUUGGAUAUUGAGGCAAAUGACCCCCCUUCUAACACCUUGACAAAGCCCCGUGCUGGAGUAGCAGCUACGCAUAAUACACCCACAAAAGCCACAGCAGCUGUCAGACUCUCCACAGGUACUUUGGAAACGCAAUAUUCAACCCUGAGCCCAGUGGUACAACCUCAUGUUGGGGACCAGAACCACAAUUCAACAUUGGAACAGCUUUCACACUCCUCCCUCACCACAUCUCCACCUCAGCCUAACAGCCCGGGCUCAGCUACCCUGAGUGGGCUGGAGGCUAUGGAUGUCACCCAUAGUACAACAGUCACCACUACAAAAAGCAUGCUGGUUAGGAGGCCCCAGAGUGACACAGAUCAAUCUGAGAACAGCACAGAGGAAGACAGCAGCUCAGGAGUCCUGCAGAGCCCAGAUGCAACCCCUGGCCUGAUUUCCCCAGUCAGGCAAAACAGAAUAAAGGAAGGACUCAGGAACAACUCCAUCACCAACUCCAAGAAUGUCCGCUUUGGAUCCGAUCAGACUAAUCACCACCUGGACACUAACCUGAAGGCCAACAGCACCACUUUGUACCGAGAGAAUCACGUGGAGACCUCAGAGAAGCAUGAUCUGGAUGGCAGCUAUGAUGACAUAGACAUGGGAGGAUAUGACUAUGGAUAUGAGGAGCCAGACUUCUUCUAUGACUAUGAUGAUGCUUUACGUGGCCCCAAGGGAGAACCAGGUCCUCCGGGUCCUCAAGGUCCCCCUGGUUUAACUGGUCCUCCGGGGAAAAGAGGUUCUCGGGGUCCCACUGGUCCACAUGGAAAGCCAGGACAACCUGGACCACCUGGACCCAAGGGUUCAAAGGGAGAUCCCGGACUAUCUCCAGGCCAGGCUUCACCAGGAGAGAAGGGUAACAAAGGUCCACCAGGGCUGCCUGGUCCAGAUGGAUUUCCGGGUUUAAUGGGUCCUAAAGGUUAUCCAGGGCCACUUGGGCCACCAGGAGAGCAAGGCAUACCAGGACCUCCUGGGGAAGCUGGAGCUGCAGGUUACCCUGGCAGGCAGGGCUCAGCUGGGCCAGAAGGUAACCCAGGGCCUAAAGGUGUCCGUGGUUUCAUUGGGCUUCCUGGUGUUGCUGGGCCUCCGGGGCUUGAAGGAGAGAAAGGUGUUCCUGGUCCUGCUGGAAAACCUGGCCUGAAAGGAAGACAGGGAGUAAUGGGUGAUGUAGGGGAGAGAGGGCCUCCUGGUCCUGAUGGAAAUGAGGGCCCUGUUGGUGGAAUUGGCAUAGGCGGCUUUCCUGGUCUGAGGGGGGAUCUUGGGCCUGAGGGACCUCGAGGAUUGGCUGGUCUGGUGGGACCUCAGGGCCCAGCAGGACGAACCGGCCUGCCUGGAUUGAAAGGUGAUAAGGGUGAAGUGGGCCAAAGAGGCGAACCAGGAGAGAUGGGGUACCAAGGGGAUAAGGGUGCCAUUGGUGUGCCUGGUCCUACAGGUCCAAGAGGAAAACCAGGUCCGCUGGGUCAGGUUGGUGAGAUAGGGGCACAAGGACCACCGGGGCCUCCAGGACCAGAGGGGUUUCCUGGGGACAUAGGAAUACCAGGGCUGAACGGACCACCUGGACCAAAGGGGAUGCAAGGUGCCAGAGGACCGCAAGGGCCUCCUGGGCCACAAGGAACACAGGGUGAUGAAGGACCACUCGGCCCACCUGGCACUACUGGCCCUACUGGAAGACCUGGAAGAAAAGGCUACAUAGGAGAACCUGGACCUGACGGCCUAAUGGGAGAGAAAGGAGACAUGGGAAAUGUUGGAAAAAUUGGACCACAAGGUCCAGUCGGCCUGAUUGGGAUAGCUGGGGUUAUAGGAGUUCCCGGUGAAAAGGGUGACCGAGGACCAGCAGGUCCAACAGGACCAGUUGGGGAGAAGGGGCCAAGGGGCUAUCCAGGUUUACCAGGAAGUCCGGGAGACAUCGGCAUGCAAGGUGCACCCGGUCCUCAGGGACAGAGGGGCAGUCCAGGCAUAGGUGGACCGAAGGGCAGGAGGGGGCCAGUGGGUCCAGAUGGCCCCCUGGGAGAACCAGGUCCUGAGGGUCCCAAGGGGGAAAGGGGUGACAUCGGGAAAAAAGGCGAGCCAGGAUUCAUAGGUAAAGCCGGCAGUCCAGGAGAGAGGGGCCUUCCUGGGAAACCUGGUAAACCAGGUAUACCCGGCAGCUCUGGAGAGAAAGGACCCCAUGGUGAACCAGGAGUCAAAGGACCUCCUGGAGAGCCUGGAGCUGAAGGAGAGCAAGGACCUGAAGGUGGCCCAGGGGGAGAAGGGGAACCCGGUCCCAUCGGAGAGCCAGGGUUAAAGGGUGAUGCUGGGCCUGUAGGACCUGAAGGAGAGCAAGGACAAGAAGGAAUGAGGGGUGCUCCUGGUCCUCCUGGAGAAGAUGGGCCUCAAGGGAAAGAUGGACCCAAGGGUGAACCUGGUGAUCCUGGACCAAGAGGAGAACCAGGGGAUAAAGGGGUAGAAGGAGACGCUGGGCCUCCAGGACCAGCUGGAGGGCCUGGAAAACAGGGCUUUCGUGGGCCAGAAGGAAAAUUGGGACCUCCAGGGAACAGAGGACGCCAUGGCAAGAAGGGAGAGAGAGGGCCUCCAGGUAUUGUUGGUGAGACUGGAACACGAGGAGAAAUUGGCCAGCCAGGAGAGCCAGGGUUGAAAGGUGCCAGAGGAACUCGUGGCCCACCAGGUUCACCUGGAGUUAUGGGCAUAGAAGGGCAACCCGGUUUACCAGGAUACACAGGUCACAUUGGAAAACCUGGGCCCAUUGGACCACCAGGGCCUAAAGGUGAAAAGGGAUAUCCAGGAGAGGACAAUAAGACCCCAGGACCCCCAGGGCCCUUAGGUGAACCAGGGCCCCCAGGUGAGCGUGGGGAGCGUGGAGAACCAGGAGAUGAAGGAUAUCAGGGCCAUGUUGGUAUUCCUGGACCUCGUGGACCUAUUGGACCUCAAGGAUUGCCGGGCUCACCAGGCCUAGCUGGAGAGCCAGGUCCAAAAGGCGAGACAGGACCUCCGGGAUCAGCUGGAAAGAAAGGAGCAAGGGGGCUGAGUGGAGCUCCGGGCCCUGAAGGGCCAACUGGUUUGCCUGGGCUUGUAGGAAUGAUAGGUUACCCCGCGCUGGACGGUCCCCCAGGAUUGAUUGGUCUACCAGGGCUACCAGGAAAACAAGGACGACAGGGCCAGAGAGGUCAGCUUGGACAGGAGGGACCUGUGGGACGUCCAGGUCACAGAGGAGAAGUUGGACUUCCUGGACUACAAGGAGAAAGAGGACUUCCUGGUCAGAAGGGGGAGCCAGGUCUUCCAGGAGACAGGGGAGUCACAGGUCUUAAAGGCAUGGAGGGGACUACAGGUGACCAGGGUAGGAAGGGUGACCCUGGACCCAAAGGACAACCAGGUGAAUCUGGCGAUCUAGGGAUGGUGGGUUUACAGGGUUUCCCAGGACCGAAGGGGCCGAAUGGUGAUUUUGGAUUGAAAGGCUUUGCUGGUCCUAAAGGGCCCAUGGGUACUUUGGGAUUCACUGGACCUGUUGGCCCUGAAGGAAUGAUGGGCCCGAUGGGGAAACCUGGGCCAAGAGGUCUGAAAGGAAGCAGUGGCGAAAUGGGGCCUCAAGGGCCACAGGGCAGUCCAGGUCCCAGAGGGCCCCCAGGUUCUCCAGGUCCAUCAAGGCAUAUCUAUGAUGACUCUGCAGUCUACGAUGUGUUUGACUCUAAGGCCGCCCUCAGGACAGAGACCUUCCAGAACACCGAGAUGAGUCUACGGGACCAGAACGUGGAGAUCCUUAAGACUCUGCAUUAUCUGACCAGCGUGAUCGAGAGCAUCAAAAAGCCUCUUGGCACCAAAGAAAACCCGGCCCGAGUCUGUAAAGACCUUCUGGACUGUCAUCACAAACUUCAAGACGGUUGGUUUUGGAUCGAUCCAAACCUGGGCUGUACUUCAGAUGCUUUCAAGGUCUUCUGCAACUUCACUGCAGGGGGGCAGACCUGUUUACAUCCCCUGGCCUCGAAUAAGAUGGUGUUUGGUGUAGGGCAGGUCCAAAUGAAGUUUCUCCAUCUACUGAGCACUGAAGCCAGCCACAGCAUCACACUGCGCUGCCUGAACGAUCGUCCAUACGGCUUCAGCUCCACUGGCCCCGCACCCAAACAGAACAUCAGGCUUCGGUUUCGUGGCUGGAACAAGCAGAUGUUUGAGAAGAACACACUACUUGAACCACAAGUGCUGCAAGACGAGUGCAAGAUCCAAGAUGGCAGCUGGCAUCAGUCGCGUUUCCUCUUCCGUACUCAGGACAGUCGUCAGCUUCCAAUUGUAGACUUACAGGAAUUCCCCACACCACAACCCAACAGCCAGCGACAUUUAGAAACCGGUCCAGUUUGCUUCCUGUGACACUAAUAUCACUGCUCCCUGACCGAUUACAUAAACCGCUACGUGGCUGCCUACCAAAGAGACAUCUGAACACCGAGCUGGAGUGAGUGUUUAUGGGAGUUUGCCAUGUUGGUUGGAUAAAUGUAACAGAGCUUUAAGUGAGAAACAAACGUCCGAUGUCCAACCGAAGGCGGACCGUCAUGCAGGAACUCCAUCUGUUGGGAACACUCAGGCCAAGUCGGCCAAAGGAGAACCGUGUAUACCAAUAUUUAUCUGAUAAAUAUGUAAAAACAUGUUUGAUUAAUUGUCUGUCAAACGGUGCUUAGGUUGACUGUUUAUGGACCCACACUAGUCCUUGAUGGCAGGGCCGGGCCUCAACACAGCAGCCUACCAAAACCUGAAGGAGCGUACCAGGCCUCUCAAUAGGAGCACUGUCUAACUAAAGGUUUAUAUGAGUGCAAUAGCAUGUGGAUAAUAAUUUGUGAGUGAUUUAAAUAUUUCAUUUUCCAAUUAAAGGCUAUAUUUUACAGUGUUUUCAUGAGAUUUUUGCCUUCGGUCCUGCCCAGUCGGACCGGUUCAUCUUGACAGAUGGUGCUCUACCUCUACCUGCUCAUUUGCUUUCUAGAGUAGUUGCUAAUGUCAGAUUAGUCUUUGUGUUGUAUGUACCGGUUACAUUGAGAUUUGUUAUGUUGUAUAAGUACUUAUGUUGAUUUGGUCAUUUCUAAUUUAUGAACCAUUUUUUGAUACAUUUCAUGUUUUUGUAGCUUUUCUUUCUAUGUGGUAGGUUCUUCAGGGGAAACCUAUCAUUGGUGCUGCAAAAAAAGAAUGAGUCAUCAGUGAUUUUUACAUUUCCUGUGUAUAUAUUGAUAGCAUACUGUAUGUUAUUUAUAUCCGAUUUGUUGUUUUUUUGCUCACAUUACUGUACCACAGUAAGUUAUACUCUCAGAGAACUAUUUGGUCAACCACAACUCAGUCUAAAGAGUAUUUAUGCUUCGAGGGUGCGUUUGUGUGUUCACAUCUGUGACUUUGUUUUAUCAUACUGGUAUUUUACUUCAUUCUGUGGUGGUUAAUAAACUGGCAGCUACAGUAGGCCAGAGUCAGAAUCCUUCUAAACGGUCAUCAUAUUCUUAAAUUAUAUUACUUUGAACAAAGUGUAAUUAUAUGAAUUCUGUGGAGGAUAAAGUUGGAAGCAAAUGUGUAAAUAAUAAAUGUCGACAAACAAAUAAAUGGAGCAUUUAUCCACAAAUUGUCAGUACUUUUUU